GUGGUUCUAAAGUUGGGGGCGGAGAAGGGGAGAGUUCCUGGGGAAUGAUGGCUGAUGAAGACGAGGAAGUGAAGCGCAUCUUCCAGAAAUUGCAGGAACUGGUGGAUCAGCUCUAUGCGUUUCGAGACAGCUAUUUUGAGACACACAGUGUGGAGGAUGCCGGACGGAAGCCGCAGGAUGUGCGGGAGGAGAUGGAGAAGACCCUGCAGCAGAUGGAGGAAGUAGUGGGUCCUGCUCAGGGGAAGGCGCAGGCUCUCAUGCUAACUGGGAAGGCACUGAACGUGAUGCCUGACUACAGUGCUAGGGCCGAGGAACUCCUGUCCAAGGCUGUGAAGCUGGAGCCCGAGCUGGUGGAAGCCUGGAACCAGCUGGGCGAGGUGUACUGGAAGAAAGGGGAUGUUGCAGCUGCCCACACCUGCUUCUCCGGAGCCCUCACCCACUGCAAGAACAAAGUCUCCCUGCAGAACCUGUCCAUGGUGCUUCGGCAGCUGCGGCCGGACAGCGGAGAUGAGCAUUCCCGCCACGUCAUGGAUAGUGUCCGGCAGGCCAAGUUGGCGGUGCAGAUGGAUGUCCUUGACGGCCGCUCCUGGUACAUUCUGGGAAAUGCGUACCUUUCUCUUUACUUCAAUACUGGCCAGAACCCCAAGAUCUCCCAGCAAGCCCUCAGUGCCUAUGCCCGAGCAGAGAAGGUUGACAGAAAAGCAUCCAGCAAUCCUGAUCUUCAUCUAAACAGGGCGACGUUACAUAAAUAUGAGGAGAGUUAUGGGGAAGCCUUGGAGGGCUUCUCUCAGGCCGCAGCUCUGGACCCUGCCUGGCCGGAGCCGAGGCAACGAGAACAGGAACUCCUAGAAUUCCUGGAUCGAUUAACCAGCCUGCUUGAGAGCAAGGGCAAAUUGAAGAACAAAAAGCUCCAGAGCAUGCUGGGAAGUUUGCGCCCAGCCCAUCUGGGCCCUUGUGGUGAUGGGCGCUAUCAGUCAGCCUCUGGGCAGAAGGUGGCCCUGGAGCAGAAGCCGCUGAGCGCGCUGCGGCCCGGCGUGAACAGUGGCGCCGUGGUCCUGGGGAAGGUGGUAUUCAGCCUUACCACAGAGGAGAAAGUCCCCUUUACCUUCGGCCUGGUUGAUUCAGAUGGACCUUGCUAUGCAGUGAUGGUUUACAACAUCGUGCAGAGCUGGGGAGUGCUCAUCGGGGACUCGGUGGCCAUCCCGGAGCCCAACCUUCGUCUGCAUCAGAUUCGGCAUAAAGGAAAGGACUAUGCCUUUUCCAGUGUUCGUGUGGAGACGCCCCUCCUGCUGGUGGUGAACGGGAAGCCUCAGGGCUCCAGCAGCCAGGCUGCUGCCAUGGUGGCAUCGAGGCCUCAGUGUGAAUGACCUUGCCUCACUGGCCCUGCAGAGUGGACUGAGAUGACCCCUGGCGCUCAGCAACUGGAGCAGCCACGUCAGAGACUCCACCAGGACGGGCAGGGUGGGGACGUUCCCUUCCUCUGUCCUGUAAGGCGUGUGGGGUCUUUCUUGUCAUUAUGUGGAACCCUCUCCAGGGCUGUGCCCUCCCUUGGUGUCUCUCUCCUGCCUCUUGCGCUACUCUCUCUGUUUUCGGCAAAGAGCAUGGAAUUGGCAGAAGUUUUGGGAACCUGCUGUGGACAGUCUCCCAGGUUCCGGUUUGUGCCUCCUUCCUAAGCUUCUGUGUAUGUAUCAGUUCAAUAUUUAUUGCUGAGGGAGGGGGCUUAAGUUCUUAAUGGCUUGGUUUUUGAGCAAGUUCUAUGUUUAAAAUUUAGAUCCAUCCCCUUCUCUGGGGCUGGAAUGGAAUUAAAUUCAUUUGGAAAUAAAGAAACCCUGUAUUUUGGGCUGCUUCAUUUUUUUUUCCCCAGGCUUGGAUUCUUGGUUUAAGGAUCAUUUUAAUCCAGCGGGGUAAUAACUUUUAUUACCCCCACUGCCUUAUGGUUUAUUUCUCUCCCAGUUAAAAAAAAAUUCUGGCAGUAUGCAGCCCAGGGCAGAAUGGCAGCUUCACAAUAGUUGCUGAACCUUCCUUUUAU